AGAACCCAAAUUCAUCAAAUCUCAUUCCUUCAUCAUCAUCACACUUAAUUACCCCGCCAAAUUUCUCCCACGUUCAGCCAUGGAUCUCCUCCUGUUGGAGAAGACCCUCUUAGCUCUCUUUGUUGCUGUUGUUCUCGCCAUUACCAUCUCCAAACUUCGCGGCAAGCGCUUUAAGCUUCCUCCUGGUCCCAUCCCAGUUCCUGUUUUUGGUAACUGGCUUCAAGUUGGUGAUGACUUGAACCACAGAAACUUGACUGACUUAGCCAAGAAAUUUGGUGAAAUAUUUUUGCUUCGAAUGGGGCAACGUAAUCUUGUGGUUGUUUCUUCACCAGACCUUGCCAAAGAGGUUUUGCAUACUCAGGGUGUCGAGUUUGGUUCAAGAACUAGAAAUGUUGUGUUUGAUAUCUUCACUGGGAAGGGUCAAGAUAUGGUUUUUACUGUGUAUGGAGAACAUUGGAGAAAGAUGAGAAGGAUUAUGACGGUGCCAUUUUUUACAAACAAGGUUGUUCAACAAUAUAGGUAUGGUUGGGAAGAUGAGGCUGCGCGUGUUGUUGAGGAUGUGAAGAAGAAUCCUGAGGCCGCAACAACUGGGAUUGUUUUGAGGAGGAGAUUGCAACUGAUGAUGUACAAUAACAUGUACAGGAUUAUGUUUGAUAGGAGGUUCGAGAGUGAGGAGGAUCCUUUGUUUAAUAAAUUAAAGGCUUUGAAUGGUGAGAGAAGUAGGUUAGCUCAGAGCUUUGAAUAUAAUUAUGGUGAUUUUAUUCCUAUUUUGAGGCCAUUCUUGAGUGGUUAUUUGAAGAUCUGCAAGGAAGUCAAAGAAAGAAGGUUACAAUUGUUCAAGGACUAUUUUGUUGAGGAGAGGAAGAAACUCGCAAGCACCAAGAGCAUGAGCAAUGAAGGGCUGAAAUGUGCUAUUGAUCAUAUUUUGGACGCUCAGCAAAAGGGAGAGAUUAACGAGGAUAAUGUUCUUUACAUUGUUGAGAAUAUCAAUGUUGCUGCAAUUGAGACAACCCUAUGGUCAAUUGAGUGGGGAAUUGCGGAGCUUGUGAACCAUCCUGAUAUCCAAAAGAAGCUUCGAGAUGAACUUGACACUGCUCUUGGGCGUGGUGUUCCAAUCACUGAACCUGAUACCUACAAACUGCCUUACCUUCAAGCUGUGAUAAAGGAGACUCUAAGGCUGAGAAUGGCAAUUCCACUGCUUGUGCCACACAUGAAUCUUCAUGAUGCUAAACUUGGUGGAUAUGAUGUUCCUGCUGAAAGCAAAGUCUUGGUGAAUGCUUGGUGGCUUGCAAACAAUCCUGCACAUUGGAAGAACCCAGAAGAAUUCAGGCCAGAGAGGUUCUUGCAAGAGGAUUCAAAAGUUGAGGCCAAUGGAAAUGACUUCCGUUAUCUUCCUUUUGGUGUUGGGAGAAGAAGCUGCCCUGGAAUUAUUCUUGCAUUGCCAAUUCUUGGUAUUACAAUUGGGCGUUUGGUACAAAAUUUUGAGCUCUUGCCUCCACCAGGGCAGUCCAAGCUUGAUACUUUAGAAAAGGGUGGACAGUUCAGCUUGCACAUUUUGAAGCACUCAACUAUUGUGGCCAAGCCUAGGUCUUUUUAAUUAAUUUCACACUCUUUUUUUUUUUUUUUUUUUUUUUUUGGCGUAAUAUUACUUUAUGGUUUUUGAAUGUGGGAUUCAGAUGGAAUGGGCUUAUUAUGUUAUAUCUGGGAUGUAACAGUGUAAAUCUGUGAACUUAUUCAGAUGUUGAAUGGAGAUUUGAAAUAAGUUUAUCUAAUUCAUUUCUCAA